GAGGUGGCGAGUGGAGCCCGGGUGGGAAGGACUUGACCCGCGCCCGCUGUUGGCCGCGCUCGGUGUCCCCGGAGUUGGGGGCUGUGCGGGUGGCUGGGCCCCGACCUUACCCCGACUUUUACCCCGAAUCCCACCCCCACCUCAUUCUCACACCUCCAACCACACCUCCAUCCCCACCUCUGGCCCCCCCUCCGACCCCACCCACCACCACCACCCCCACCUGCCACCCCCACCGCCACCUCUACGCCCCCAAUCUCCCACCCCACCACUCCAACAAGCCCACCUCCCUCAGCCUUGACCUUCCACUCCUCCCGCCCCGCGGGCCCCACCCCGCCACCCCCGCCCACCCCUCUCGCGGGCGGAGCGGCUCUUGGCCUUUUUUGGGCGUCUCCCUGCUCCGCGGCCCGGGCUGGCGGGCGGCCGCUCGGCUGGCGGCUGCGGCGGUAGAGGGAGACCCGCGGCGACCCCGGGCUCGGCGUCGCUGCCACCAUGACGGGAAGCAACAUGUCGGACGCCUUGGCCAACGCUGUGUGCCAGCGCUGCCAGGCCCGCUUCACCCCUGCCGAGCGCAUCGUCAACAGCAACGGGGAGCUGUACCAUGAGCACUGCUUCGUGUGCGCCCAGUGCUUCCGGCCCUUCCCCGAGGGGCUCUUCUACGAGUUUGAAGGCCGGAAGUACUGCGAACACGACUUCCAAAUGCUGUUUGCUCCGUGCUGCGGAUCUUGUGGUGAGUUCAUCAUUGGCCGCGUCAUCAAGGCCAUGAACAACAACUGGCACCCGGGCUGCUUCCGCUGCGAGCUAUGUGACGUGGAGCUGGCUGACCUGGGCUUCGUGAAGAACGCCGGCAGGCAUCUCUGCCGGCCUUGCCACAACCGUGAGAAGGCCAAGGGCCUGGGCAAGUACAUCUGCCAGCGGUGCCACCUGGUCAUCGACGAGCAGCCCCUCAUGUUCAGGAGCGACGCCUACCACCCCGACCACUUCAACUGCACCCACUGUGGGAAGGAGCUGACGGCCGAGGCCCGAGAGCUGAAGGGUGAGCUCUACUGCCUGCCCUGCCAUGACAAGAUGGGCGUCCCUAUCUGCGGGGCCUGCCGCCGGCCUAUCGAGGGCCGUGUGGUCAAUGCACUGGGCAAGCAGUGGCACGUGGAGCACUUUGUCUGCGCCAAGUGUGAGAAGCCAUUCCUGGGGCACCGGCACUACGAGAAGAAGGGCCUGGCCUACUGCGAGACCCACUACAACCAGCUUUUCGGGGACGUCUGCUACAACUGCAGCCACGUGAUCGAAGGCGAUGUGGUGUCAGCCCUCAACAAGGCCUGGUGUGUGAGCUGCUUCUCCUGCUCCACCUGCAACAGCAAGCUCACCCUGAAGAACAAGUUUGUGGAGUUCGACAUGAAGCCCGUGUGUAAGAGGUGCUACGAGAAGUUUCCGCUGGAGCUGAAGAAGCGGCUGAAGAAGCUGUCGGAGCUGACCUCGCGCAAGGCCCAGCCCAAGGCCGCGGACCUCAGCUCCGCCUGAAGACCCAGCGCCCCUGCCGGGCUGCGCCUCGGCCCCUCUGCCUUCUUGCCUCCUGCUGCCCACGCGUGGCCCCUCGUCCCCGUCCGCCUGCGGCCCUCCGCCUCUCACCCUCCCCUUCUCUUUCCCCUUCGCCGCCUCCCUUCCUGUUCUCAGCUCUGCCGUCCCCAGGUCUCGCCUCUCCUUGGCUGUGGCUUCUCUCUGUGAGGAAGGCAGGAGCCGGGGAGUGGGAGCCUGUGACGGGCUGGGCCACGUCUGACAGCCACGUCCGCCUGUGCCUACAGCUUCCGCCCACAGACCUCCAGGGACAGGAGCAAACUGCAUCACAGCUCCUGACCUGGCCUGGCCUGGCCCUGCCCAGGUGGCUUGGUAGCGCAUGCCAUCCUGUGUGAGCCUCUGCCCCAGAGCGGCCCCGCUAAGUACAUGUGGCUCCUGGGCUACCCACGGCCAGGGCAGCCUGCGGGAGCCACAGGGCCAGGGCCACGCAGAUGGAGGCCUCUGGGAGCCAUCCUCAUCCCUCACCACUCGCUCAACCAGUGGCACAGUGUCCCUGUGCCCACACCGAGCCACCAAGUCCUCUGUCCACACCCACAAGCUACCUGGAGGGAGAGGACCCACCUCCAUCCCUCAGAAGGCCUUCCUGGAAUCCCACCUUGGCCACCCACCCGGGUUCCCCCUCCCCCACCUCGGGACCUGUGUUGAGCCUUUGAGUGGGGCCAGGGUCCAGGAGGUGGGGGGGGGUCAGAGGCGGCUCAUUCCCACCUCCAGGGAGGACACUUCGUCUGCGGCCAGUGCAGACCUGGCGCAGGGCUCACGCUUGCACAAUGAAGGCUUGUUCACACAACCGCA